AGAGCACUAUAAAAGGAGGGUAUUUAAAACACCUCAAUUUUUCGAGCGCAAGAAUUUCGCCAUCGAUCUCUCCCCGCCAAUUCUUCCUCCUAACACCAUGGAGCUCCUUCCCCAACCCUGUACACCAUUCUCACAUGACACUUCUCCCAAUUUUUUCGUCUUUUUGUAUUUUCAUCCACCAAUUUUCAGAAUGGUUGCUCCAAAUUUUGACUCGUUUGAGAAAAAAAUUGACCUAGCUUAGAGCUUUUUUUGGGGGAAAAUUAAAAAGAAGAAAUUCGUAAUGUGGGAGCUUUCUGUGAAUUUUGGAUGAUUCUCCUUAUUAUGUACGAGUUCUCUGCAGAUUUAGAUGGUUGAAAUGAGUGGAAUUAGGUUAGAUUCCUCUCGAAUUGCUUCGUCGGUGCUGUUGAUUUGGGUAAUUGUCGCCGCUUCUUCUUCACGGCGAGUGUGGUGCGUGGAGGAGGAUGAGUACACCAAGUCCGGCGGUAACCCUAAGGUGCUGCCGCUUGUUACAUCCUUAAUCUAUAACCAGAUUUUGAAUCUCACGAAGAUAUUCAACAAGGAUAUUACUGUGAGUUUGGGAUAUUGCACUAACGAUGUAGAUGCUGAUUUGAAUGGGGCAUUCAAAUUCGGCAACAAUUUGGAUUUUCUGAGUAAUUGUGUUAAAGAGACGAAAGAUGUAACGAAGAGGAUAUGUACAGCAGCAGAAAUGAAGUUCUAUUUUUCUAGUUUUAUGGGCACAAAGUCAGCCGAUGCUCAAUUUUUAAAACCCAACAUAAACUGUAAUUUAACCUCGUGGGUCCCAGGAUGUGAGCCAGGCUGGGCUUGUACGAUUCCUGAAAACGCACAGGUGGACCUGAAAAACUCCAAGGAUAUUCCGGAUAGGACUCGUGACGGUCAACCUUGUUGCGCAGGUUUUUUCUGCCCCAGAGGCCUCACCUGCAUGAUUCCUUGUCCUUUAGGCUCAUAUUGCCCGCUUGCAACGAUAAACAAAGCAACUGGCGUUUGUGAACCAUACUCGUAUCAGUUACCUCCUGGUAAAUCAAAUCACACUUGUGGUGGAGCGGAUAUAUGGGCAGGCGUGACUAGUGACGACGAAAUAUUUUGUUCAUCGGGAUCUUACUGUCCAAGUACCACCCAAAAGAUCCAAUGUAAACAAGGACAUUAUUGCAGGCAGGGCUCUACCGAACAAAGAGCUUGCUUCAAGUUGAGUACAUGUAAUCCAAAUUCUGAUACGCAGAACUUGCAUGCAUAUGGAUUCAUGCUAAUCGGAGCUUUGAGCUUAGUGUUGAUAGUGUUCUACAAUUGCUCCGAUCAAGUCCUCACAACUCGCUACGAAAGAUUAGCCAAGUCAAGAGAGAGAGCAGCAAAAAGCGCCCGCGAAACUGCACAGGCAAGACAAAGGUGGAGAUUGGCAAAAGAUGCCGCAAAAAAACGAGCCGUGGGCUUGCAAAAACAGCUGUCGCGCACUUUCUCGCGUAAAUCUGGCGAACCGCCAAUUCCGCCUUCUGGUGCUCCCAAACCAAAGAAGGAAGCAGGCGACCUAACUAAGAUGCUUCAAUCAUUCGAUGACAAUCCAGACAGUCAAAGGGGUUUUCAUAUGACCAUUGGAGAUAAAAACAUCAAGAAACAAAUGCCCACUGCAAAACAGUUGCACACUAAGAGCCAAAUAUUUAAGUACGCGUACGGUCAACUUGAAAAGGAGAAAGCUAUGGAGCAGAAACAGCAGAAUUUGACCUUCUCGGGGAUUAUUUCAAUGGCCACUGAUACAGAUGUGAAGACUAGGCCUACUCUUGAGGUUGCUUUCAAAGAUCUUACUAUAACUCUGAGAAACAAAAACAAGCAUUUGAUGAGGCGUGUGACUGGGAAAAUUUUGCCUGGUCGAAUAUCUGCUGUUAUGGGUCCAUCGGGUGCAGGAAAAACGACGUUUCUUUCUGCUGUGGCAGGAAAGAUUAGGGGGUGCGUCAUAACUGGUUCGAUUCUUAUAAAUGGAAGGCCUGACUCUAUUCACAGUUAUAAGAAAAUCAUAGGUUUUGUGCCACAAGAUGAUAUUGUUCAUGGAAACUUGACAGUUGAAGAGAACCUUCGAUUCAGUGCUCGGUGCAGGCUUUCUUCGGACAUGCCAAAGGCAGACAAGGUUCUUGUUGUUGAAAGAGUAAUCGAGUCCCUCGGACUACAGGCAGUGAGAGAUUCUCUCGUUGGCACAGUAGAGAAACGAGGUAUAUCUGGAGGUCAGAGAAAACGAGUAAACGUAGGCCUGGAAAUGGUCAUGGAACCUUCACUCCUAAUCUUGGACGAGCCCACAUCUGGUCUCGACAGUUCAUCUUCAAACUUACUCAUUAGAGCUCUCAGGCGUGAAGCGCUCGAGGGAGUCAACAUCUGCAUGGUUGUUCACCAGCCCAGCUAUGCCUUGUACAAGAUGUUCGACGACUUGAUUCUUUUAGCGAAAGGUGGUCUUACUGUGUACCACGGACCAGUGAAGAAAGUGGAGGAAUACUUUGCCAGCUUUGGAGUCAACGUACCGGAUCGAGUCAACCCCCCAGACCACUUCAUCGAUAUACUCGAGGGUAUAGUGAAACCGAGUGCGGGUUUGACCGUUGAACAGCUACCUGUGAGAUGGAUGCUUCACAAUGGCUACCCUGUGCCUCCAGAUAUGCUGCAUUUCUGCGACGAAAUUGCUUCUGCUUCUAAAGGUGUAAGCACUAGUGCUACUACUACUGCUCCAAUUGCUUCGGAAUCAUCUUCUGCUGGAAGCACGUUCAAGGAAAGUCAAGAGCAUUCGCAGCUAAAUUUUUUUGCUGGCCACGACUUGUCUAACCGAUAUACGCCUGGUUGGAUUCGGCAAUACAGAUACUUCCUCGGAAGAAAUGUUAAGCAACGGCUGCGAGAAGCUCAGUUACAAGCAGCAGAUUAUCUGAUCCUUCUUCUUGCUGGAGCAUGCUUAGGAACUCUUUCGAAAGUGAAGGGUGACACAUUUGGCUAUUUUGGUUAUAUGUACACCGUGAUUGCUGUCUCACUUCUGUGUAAGAUAUCGGCUUUAAGAUCGUUCUCACUGGACAAGUUACACUACCGGAGAGAGAGUGAAGGCGGCACGAGCAGUCUAGCCUAUUUCCUAUCCAAGGAUUCGGUUGACCAUUUCAAUACACUCAUCAAGCCUUUGGUUUUCCUUUCCAUGUUCUAUUCUUUCAGCAACCCAAGAUCAACUUUCCUGGAAAACUACGCCGUUCUGCUCUGCCUCGUGUACUGUGUGACCGGGAUCGCCUACGUGUUUGCUAUCUUUUUUCAGCCUAGUCAAGCCCAACUGUGGUGCGUGCUUCUUCCCGUUGUUCUUACUCUCAUUGCAAAUCAAGGUAAAGACGACAAGUUUGGAAAGCUCUUUAGUAAUUACUGUUAUCCGAGGUGGGCUUUGGAAGCUUUCUUGAUAGCAAAUGCUCAAAGAUAUUCCGGAGUAUGGUUGAUAACUCGAUGUGCAGCGUUAAACGACUUCGGGUACGAUGUGCACCGUUGGAAUUAUUGUCUACUUAGACUUAUAGUCAGUGGUAUAUGUUUUAGGUUUCUAGCUUUCUUUUGUUUGCUUAAUGGAAAGAAAUAAGUAUAGUUUCCUUGUUUUCUUUCUUCUUUACUUCUUGUCUAUGUGCUCUGCUUGUACCCCCGCCCCCCGCCCCCCA